UCGCACCAUGUAUAUAUACAAGAAUCGUUUAAAGCCUAAGACUCUAGAAUCUCCUCAAGGGUAUGUAGCAUAGAAAAAUGUUAAAGGGACUCUCUAGAAUAGAUGACACCGUAAAACCCUCACGGGUAAAUUCCUCCGGCGAUGUCAGCACUAGUCCUCAGUUGUGUAGCCUUUACUUCAAAGGUUUGGUAAGCGAGGACUCAUUAGCCGGAUUUGGGGUUGCAAUUUUUGGGAAGAAAGAUGAUCUCUUGCUUCAGAUGAAAGGACCAAUUCAUCAUGAUUCCACCAUUACACCUUUGGAGGCUGAGCUUACCGCAUUGAAGCGAGGACUAACCGAAGCUGCGAGUUUGGGGAUAACUCAUAUCUCAAUCUACUGUGAUUCUUAUCCAAUUUACGAAUUAGUCAUGGGAAGAUGCAUACCAGAGGAGAAUAAAACUGCCUUGCUAAUGAUUGAUGUGCAACGUAUAAGAGAAGGAUUUAAGUCGAGCUUUCCGAUUUUCGUGGAGGGAAAUAGUGUAAGUUAUGCUUAUAAACUAGCAAGGGAAACAAAAGUUUCUGAAAUUUCAAUCAGCAUACCUGUGAAUCCUCCUCAUCCAGCUAGGGCUACUCGCAAAAAAACUUGCAAAAUCUGUUUAGGCGAUGAUAUUAAUGAGAAUCAAAUGUUUUGUGUUGAUAAAUGUCGUCAUCGAUUUUGUUCCGAGUGUAUGAAACGACAUAUAGAGGUGAGGUUACUCGAGGGAAGUGUAAUGAGAUGUCCUCAUUAUCGCUGCAAGUCUAAGCUGACUUUUGAAAGAUGUGAAAAUCUUUUGACACCUAAAGUAAGAGAGAUGUGGCAACAAAGGAUCAAAGAGGACUUAAUUCCUGUAACAAAGAGAAUUUACUGCCCAAACCCGAGGUGCCCGGCUUUAAUGUCGGAAACCGACCUCUCUAUAUCACCUAAAGAAGAUGAAGUUAGGAGAUGCUGCUUCAAAUGCGGUCAAAUCUUUUGCAUCAAAUGCAAAGUUUCAUGGCAUAGUAACUUGUCGUGCGACGAAUACAAGAGGUUGCAUCCAUAUCCUACAGAGAAUGAUGGAAAGAUUAAAGCUCUGGCAAAUCAGAAAAUGUGGCGUCAAUGCAAAAAGUGUCAACACAUGAUUGAACUUUCUCAAGGAUGCGUACAAGUAAAGUGCAGAUGUGGACAUAAGUUUUGCUACCGAUGUGGAGUCCAGGCUGGACGUUGCCAACAUGGUCAUGGUCUUCCUCCUAGGCCUCCACGGCCGCCACAGCAGCCACCACCGCCGCCAACCAUGCCAGUACUGUGUUUUCAGAUAUGCUGUUUUCCACUUUUGUUUGGUUUUAUUAUGUUCAUAAUUUUCUUAAUUAUUCGUAAACAUUAA